ACGAAAGAUGGCGACCUCAAACAAUCCGCGAAAAUUCAGCGAAAAGAUCGCGCUGCAUAACCAGAAGCAGGCGGAGGAGACGGCGGCGUUCGAAGAAGUCAUGAAAGACCUCAGCAUCACUCGAGCAGCGCGGCUGCAGUUACAGAAGACCCAGUAUUUGCAACUGGGCCAGAAUCGUGCUCAGUGCUAUGGAGGUUCACUGCCCAAUGUCAAUCAGAUUGGAAAUAGCAACACUGACCUGCCAUUUCAGACUACGGUUUUGGAUACCAGUCGAACAACUCGGCAUCACGGCCUUGUGGAUCGCGUGUACCGUGACAGGAACCGGAUCACGUCCCCUCAUCGCAGGCCUCUGUCUGUGGACAAACAUGGCCGUCAGAUUGACAGCUGUCCAUAUGGCUCAGUGUAUCUGUCACCUCCCCCCGACACCAGCUGGAGGAGGACUAAUUCAGACUCUGCAUUACAUCAGAGUGCCAUGAAUCCUGCUCCGCAAGACACUUUUGUUGGAGGAUCCCAGGAACUGCAGACAAAACGAGUCCUUUUGCUUACACCCCCGGAUACAGACGAGCCUGAAACAGAAAUGGAGAAAGACGACCAGAAGGCAUCACAUGAUGUUCCAGGGAUUAACAUAUUUCCAUCCCCUGAUCAAGAAGUGAACGCCACGUUGAUGCCGGCCACACACAACACAGGAGGCUCUUUGCCCGACCUCACCAACAUCCAGUUUCCCCCUCCACUGCCCACCCCGCUGGACCCAGACGACCCCGUGACUUUCCCCUCUCCCAGCGCCUCCGGCAGCACAGGCAACCUGAGCACUAACCUCACCCACCUGGGCAUCAGCGCUGCUAGCCAUGUGUCUGCCUCCACUCCUGCACCUGCUGUCACUGCACUUACGCUCAACCUCGACGGCCAGCAACAGCAGCCAUGCCCACAGCAACUCUCACCCACGCUGUCUCCCACCCUCUCACCUCAGAUGCCCAUUUCUCAGCCAAUCACGUUGGACAACAUGUCUCUGGAACAGCAGCUGUCACAGUACUCGCUGCUCAGCCUGCUAAACGACCUGCAGAAGCAGCAGCAGACAUUGCCGCAGAACAUCCGCCUCAUCCAGCUGCCGCCGAUUACGGUCAGUUCUGCCCCCAGCCCUCCACAGACCACUAUGGCCAGCCAAUCACCGACGGGGACGAGCCCAACAGUCAACUCUCAGUAUCGCAAUCAGACUGGCUCUCCGGCCAACCAGUCUCCAACCUCGCCAGUCUCCAACCAAGGCUUCUCGCCUGGAGGCUCGCCUCAACACAUUCCGGUGGUGGGCAGUAUUUUUGGCGAUUCGUUCUACGAGCACCAACUGGCAUCCAGACAGACCAACGCUCUGUCCCAUCAACUGGAGCAGUUCAACAUGAACAUGAUUGAGAAUCCGAGCAGUUCCAACAGCCUUUACAACCCGUGUUCCACGCUCAACUACACGCAGGCGGCAAUGAUGGGUUUAACCGGGAGCCACGGCAGCUUGCAGGACAGUCAGCAACUAGGCUACAGUAACCAUGGCAACAUUCCCAACAUUAUCCUCACAGUCUCAGGCGAAUCGCCACCGAGUCUCUCCAAGGAGCUGAGCAGCUCGCUGGCUGGCGUGGGCGAUGUCAGCUUCGACGCGGACUCUCAGUUCCCGCUGGACGAGCUGAAGAUCGACCCGCUGACCCUGGACGGGCUGCACAUGCUCAACGACCCCGACAUGGUGCUUGCCGACCCGGCCACCGAGGACACGUUCCGAAUGGACCGUCUGUGAGGCCAGUGAACUUCCAAAUAAUCAUUGACAUAAAAAAAAAAAAGAAUAGAAAAGCUCUCUGACGAGGAGGAGGCUGGAAACUUUCUCAUUGUGCAGCUGCAUGGCCAAUCGGUUUUAUCAUUGCACUUGCGGGCCUCGCUGCCCUCCCCACACGAUAGCAUGCUGCAAACGCCAAUGCCAACAUCUGGGGAAGGGAGGCGUUCGAGCACAGAUGGUGGACGUGCCGUCGGGAGAUCCGCGCUGCCCGGUUUCGUGAGGCGGCUCAUUUCGGACCACGUCCGUUGCGCGAAUGUCUCUGAUACCCCUCCUUAAGCCUACAUGUUGAGUUGCUUUGGUUUCUUUUGUUGUUGUUUUUUUUACCUUGAGGGUCAUUUUUGUCUUUGGCUAUUCGUUUGCUUACCAAGAUGAGUGAAAUUGUGCGAAUUGAACCUCAAUAUUGGGACUGACAAAGAUAGCUUUUCCCUGAAAAUAUUUGACAUACCGUUUAAAGUUCCUUUAAUACGGUGUGUUCGUGUUUAUUUAUGUAUGUCUUAUCGGGUCAUGUUUGUAGAUUUGAUUCUUUUUGGUGAAUUGUUUUGUUUUGUUGUGUCUGUUCAUUUUUAGAU